GUGAAUAUUUCACACGCACCUUGGAGCUAACCAUGAGGACGUUGGGGUUUUUCGCUUGCUUCUUCAACGCAGUUCUCCUCUCCCUCUGGUUGGCCGAGGUGGCUGCAGCACAGAUCUCCGCUCCAGAUGUGGUGACUGCUGUGGAGGGAGGGACGGUGAAGGUGUCUUGCCGCUACGACGGGAUGUAUAAAAGCAAUACAAAGUACUGGUGCAAGGGGCCUGUAUAUGAGAUGUGCUCGAUCGUAGCCAAAACACCCAAGCGUCGACACACAAGCGGAGUCUCCAUCACAGAUGAUCGAGAGGCAAAUGUCAUAACCGUGAUCAUGAGCUCGGUGCAAGGGGGCGAUGAAGGCAUGUACUGGUGCGUGAUAUCCCGACCUGGACGGAAUGUUUUCUCCGGAGUCAGACUGGUCAUCUCGAACGCCGUCACAACGACGACUGCAGCACCAUCAGCGCCACCUCCGACCAGUGAAUGCAGUGAAGUCAGGUGGUGGCAGACGCUACGUUGGAUUUUCUUCAUGAUCAUGACCGCUUGUCCCAUGAUAACAUAUACUGCCGUGUGGAGGAUAAACAACAUUGAAAAAAGUCGACGACAGCGUCAGUACCUGAACGCCACGCAGUGAAAGUUCACAUUGUUGUCAGAUGUAUGUUGUUGUUCCAAUGUCCCGACUUGCCUGUUGCUGUCAAAUGCAAAACAAAAUGUGCGACCAAGAAACCCCCAUUAAAAGAUAA